AUGCAGCCUUUUAAGACUGUCUCCACCCAGUGCUUUUCCCUGCGGGAUGUGCAGCUCAAUGAAAUGAUGUCGACUAAGCUGAAGCAACUUGUAGGAGCAAAGAAGUCUGUGCUGGUUGCCAGAGUUGCAGAUGGCAAUGGCAAGUUGCCACUGGCAGUCAAGAACAAAAAUAGGCACCCUACCACCCAUGGAGGGGCUGGCGAUGGCAGAGAAAGUGGUAUAGUUUCAGAUGCAGUCCCAGGACCUGCACCUCUCCAAGUGAAUAUGGAUGCACAUAUUAUCAUUUACCAUGAGCAGGAGGGAGAUGGAAUGGCAGUGGGCAUGGAGGAUGGUAUCAUAUCAUUGGAGCUGAAUGAUGAUUUUGCUAUGGGUGUGCCUCCUGGUGCACCAGGGGCCAUAAAUGAGAUGAUCCCAGCACAAGGUCUCUGUGGAGGUGAUAUCCUCAUAUUCAUGAGGAUGCAGAGAUAUGGGAGAGGGGAGCUGAGCACUGGGACAAAUGAAGGGAGUAUGAAUUCAGCACUGGAUGUGUUGUUAGAGAUAUGGGAGAGGGGAGCCAAGUGA